UUCAGUUGCCAGUGAGUAUUUUGUUACGUACGUCGCGUCGGUUUCUCGCAGGCUAUAUAAGAUGGUGUUAGGGCAUCGUUCGUCCGCUUCAGAGAAAAAUCUCCAAGUUCGCGACUCUUCGUUGCAGGGCCGGAACCUUUUGAGAAUUUGGCAAGAUGGAGAAAAAGUGGGGACGAGGUGAAUUCUGGGGCCUGAACUCUGACUAUGACCCAGAUUGGGUUCUGACGGACAAGCAGAAGAAACUGAGGGACGAAAUUAUAGAGCUAUGCAGAGUCAAAAUAAGACCCCACGCUAUUUACUGUGACCGCACCUACACUUACCCCCGGGAGUCCCUCAAUGCAAUGGCUGAGCUUGGCCUUCUGGGCUUAAUUAUACCGAAGGAAUUUGGGGGCCUUGGCGAGAACCAUGUUUGCUGUGCCAUGGUGUGUGAAACAAUCGCCCGAUAUGGAUGCCCCUCUACUGCCAUGGUUUACACUAUGCAUAUCGGAGCCGUAGCAACCCUCCUUUUCCGGUACCACAACAACCCGAAGGUGCAAGAACUCCUGCCAAGAAUCAACAAGGAAAAACUGAUUGGAACGCUGUCCUAUUCGGAUCCCGCAACAGGUGGCCACUACUGGUACCCUCUGUCGUCCAAAGUGAAGUGUCUCGACGACAACAACAUCCAGCUCCUGAAAUACGGAUCGUGGGCCACCAGCGCUGGCUUCGCCGACUGGUACACCGUCCAGACAAUCAGCCCCAACUUUGAAGGCGACUACUCCAACCUCUCUUGCUUCCUUGUUUACAAGGACGAAAUGCGUGCCAACACAGACGACUGGAAAGCUCUGGGCAUGCAUGGAAACAUGUCGGGUCCCCUGGUCAUUGAGGGAAAGUUCAAUCUAGACAGGAUGGUCGGUCCUCCCGGAGAUGGGCGGUUGAGUAAUGACGAAUGCGAAGAUCCAUACUUUCUGCUGUGCACUGCUUCUGUCUGGAAUGGAAUAGCCCUCUCAGCCAUGGACAUCGCAAAGAAACACGUCACAAGGAAAGCCCACGCCGAUGUUGGAAUGAGAGUGUGUGAUUAUCCUACAAUCCAGGAUUACUUCGGAGACAGCCUCAGUAUGACGAAUUCCUCGAGGGGUCUCGUGUUCCUCACAGCUUCCGCCAUGGAUAAAGCAACCAAUAACAACGACUGGUCAGGUCACUCUGACCUUACCUGGGCACCAAGGAGCCUGUUACUGCACUGGCUGUGGCAGAACAAGUAUGUGGCUGCCAAAAACGUCUGCAAGGUAUCGGACACUAUGCUACACGCCUGCGGUGGAACCGGUUACAAGCUCGAACUCGGACUCGAACGCGUCCUGCGAGAUGGAAAAGCCGGAUGUGUGAUGGGUCCUUCCAACGAAGUCCUACGACAGUUUGUGGGAAAGACGUGUCUUAUGGGAAUGGAAGUGCUUGACUACUGGGACCAGGUUCCCAACGAACGUGUCAUCCAUCACGAGAUGAAGAAGAUGACUUUGCUGGAGAAGAAAGAGUUGGCCAAGAAUCUCAUGAAGGACAUAGAUGCGGAAGAGAAAGGAGGGGACUUGAAUCAUCCCUUCCAGGAUACUGACUUUGCAAACCCCUUCAACACGUGUCCCCCAGCUGUGAAUGACAAGGUUAUCAAAACCCCAGAUGGCAUCAGCCAUGGUGCAGCACUGAAACCUGAUUCUUGGAUUCCAUUGGUAUUGAGGUCUCAGACUGAUAUCAGUGACAAGAUGGCGGCCUUCGUCUUUGACCUGCCGAAACCAACAGACCACACAGGAUGCCUCCCUGGCCAGUUUGUUGAGGUGAGAGUGAAAGUCAAAGGGAAGGACCAGACUCGUUACUUCUCUCCAGUCUCACGUCCCGACGAUUUCGGCAAAAUCGAACUCAUUCUCCGAUUCGAAACUCAGGGCUUACUGUCACAGUACUUCAAGGUACUCAAGCCAGGUGACAAGGUCGAAUUCCGAGGACCAUGCGGAGGCUUCGAGUACGAGCCCAACAAACUCCCCCACCUCUUUCUGCUUGCUUCUGGUGGAGGAAUAACUCCAGGAAUGCAGCUCAUAAGACACAUCAUGAACAACCCCAGCGAUAAAACCAGAAUUAAGCUUCUCUACUUCUCUGAGGGCUACCAGGAAAUUCUCUACCGCGAAGAGCUUGACGCCUAUGCAGCCAAAGACAAGAGGCUCCAGCUGGUCUACACUUUGGCCGAAGCUCCCGAGAACUGGGAAGGAGAGGAGGGAUUUAUUGACACAGGCCUGAUUCGAAAUCACUUCAUUCAGCCUAAUGGGGAUAGUUAUAAGAUUGUCAUGUGCGGAGGACCUACCAUGACCAUCGGCUGCCUGCAUUCGCUCAAGUCCCUGGGAUUCCCUUCAGAAUCUAUCUUCAUCUACGGACAGUUCGGGACGGAGCAGGUUAAGGCCGUCUAUGGGAGGCACGUGAACCUGUCCGGCCACAGAUGUGACAAUUCCGUCUAAAAGGAAGUUUUGCUUCGAUAGAAUCAUCGACCAAUCUUUUUUUUUUUUAGCACAAAAUGGCUAGCAUAGAUUAAAUUGUCCCUUGCUCUUUACGAGCAGUUAAUUUUUCAAAGCCAGAAAUGGCCGGCACACGUCGCAUGAGCGCAAGAGAGAACGAGCGAGAGAAAUAAUGAAUUUGUACUACUAACUUACGGCGUUUAACCAAAAGGAUAAUUAAAAUGUGCAUAUCAAAGAGGUAAUCAUAUUCUCUAAUAAAUAACUAUGUUACAAAAUGCAGAAAUAUACAAAAAUUUAUUUUUUCUUUUAUGCAACUCUGGUCUGCGACUCAUCUCGAGUUAAUGAUCCUAAUGUAUUUUACUGGAUACCAAGGAACUCAUGAGAAAUAUUUUUAGAUGCCAGUUUUCCUAUAAAUAUAUUUCUUUCCUCAGUUAAAUGUAGAUAAAAAAUAUCUUUACUCUCCAUCUUGACUUAAGUUAGUUACAGAUAUAUAUCUAGCUUAGCAUCGUGCCAUUAAUAAAUAUUUACCUUAGCAUUUAUCACAUAAACUAUAAAGGUAUUUGAAUUAAGAGGAUUUAUUGUAAUGAGUCGUUUUUGCAAUAAAUUUGAUCUUUGUUGA